GAAAAACUUUGACCCAAACCAAACCGGAACACAGACAACAGAUCCAUCAUCAUCAUCAUCUAGCCAAUCGAAUCUGACUCACGGGUUUAUCACCUUCCUUCCUUCCUUCCACUCCAAUCACAACUCGUAACUCCCCCUCACGCCUCUCCUCCACAAUUCAAUCACCGAUCCGAUCCGAUCCGAUCCAAUGGCGGAGAUGGCGAACAUGGAUCCCGAAGGCAUGGACGGAGUCCGCAUGACCUGGAACGUCUGGCCCCGCACCAAGGUCGAAGCCAGCAAGUGCGUCGUCCCCCUCGCCGCCUCCAUCUCCCCGAUCCGCCGCCACUCCGACAUCCCUUCCCUCCCUUACGCUCCCCUCAAGUGCCGCACCUGCGUCGCCGUCCUCAACGCCUUCGCUCGCGUCGAUUUCGCCGCCAAGAUCUGGAUCUGCCCCUUCUGCUUCCAGCGCAACCCUUUCCCUCCUCACUACCACAUGAUCUCCGAGACUAACCUCCCCGGCGAGCUUUAUCCUCAGUACACUACUGUUGAAUACGCGAUCCCUCCCGCCGCCGCUCAAUUCGAUCCGAGAUCCGGCGCUGCUGGUGUUCCGCCUCAGACGCCUCCUCCUGUUUUCGUGUUUGUUCUCGAUACGUGUAUGAUCGAGGAGGAGUUGGGGUUCGCUAAGUCUGCGCUCAAGCAGGCGAUCGGGCUGCUUCCGGAGAAUGCGUUGGUUGGGUUUGUGUCUUUCGGCACGCAGGCUCAUGUCCAUGAAUUGGGAUUCUCGGAGAUGUCGAAAGUUUUUGUCUUUAGAGGGAACAAAGAAGUAUCCAAGGAUCAGGUUUUGGAUCAGUUGGGGCUUUCCUCGAGGAGAGCUCCUACUUCUGGGUUUCCUAAAGGAGCUCAGAAUGGGUUCCAGAGUGCUUCUGGUGUCAACAGGUUCCUUUUGCCUGCGUCUGAUUGCGAGUACACUCUUGACUUGCUUUUGGACGAGCUGCAAUCAGACCAGUGGCCUGUUCAGCCAGGUCAUCGUUCCCAACGAUGCACAGGUGUGGCGUUGAGUGUAGCUGCUGGGUUGCUUGGAGCUUGCUUGCCUGGAACUGGGGCUAGAAUCGUAGCUUUGGUUGGAGGUCCAUGUACAGAGGGUCCUGGAACGAUUAUCUCAAAGGAUUUAUCAGAACCUGUACGCUCCCACAAAGAUUUGGAUAAAGAUGCUGCUCCAUAUUAUAAAAAAGCUGUCAAGUUUUAUGAUAGUAUUGCAAAGCAGCUGGUCGCUCAGGGUCAUGUGUUGGACCUUUUCGCUUCUGCUCUUGAUCAGGUUGGGGUUGCUGAAAUGAAAGUUGCAGUUGAAAGUACCGGUGGCCUUGUUGUUCUGUCUGAAAGUUUUGGCCAUUCUGUAUUUAAAGAUUCCUUCAAGCGGGUGUUUGAAGAUGGCGAGCAGUCUCUUGGUCUCUGCUUUAAUGGCUCGCUUGAGAUAAAUUGCUCAAAAGACAUCAAAAUUCAAGGUGUUAUCGGGCCUUGCUCAUCAUUAGAAAAGAAAGGUCCUAGUGUUGCCGACACAGUAAUUGGAGAGGGGAAUACCAAUGCUUGGAAGUUAUGUGGCCUCGACAAGAGCACUUGCUUGACUGUAUUCUUUGAUCUAUCCUCAACUGGUUCAAAUGCUCCUGGAACUGUAAAUCCGCAGUUUUAUUUGCAGUUUGUUACAAGUUACCAAAACCCUGAAGGUCAAACAUUGAUCCGGGUUACCACAAUAACCAGACAGUGGGUAGAUACUGCUGUGAGCACAGAGGAACUUGUGCAAGGAUUUGAUCAAGAAACUGCUGCUGUGGUCAUGGCAAGAUUAGCUUCCUUAAAAAUGGAAACAGAGGAGGGAUUUGAUGCUACUCGAUGGCUAGAUCGGACUCUCAUUCGCCUGUGUUCAAAAUUCGGUGACUAUAGAAAGGAUGACCCAUCCUCAUUUACGCUGAAUCCAUAUUUUUCAUUGUUCCCUCAAUUCAUAUUUAAUCUGCGGAGGUCACAGUUUGUUCAGGUCUUUAACAAUAGUCCAGAUGAAACUGCAUAUUUCCGCAUGUUGCUAAACCGGGAGAAUAUAUCAAAUGCAACUGUCAUGAUUCAACCAUCGCUGACAUCAUAUACAUUCAGUUCACCACCUCAGCCAGCUUUGCUGGACGUGGCUUCCAUUGCAGCCGACAGAAUUCUCCUGUUAGAUGCAUAUUUCAGUGUUGUUGUCUUCCAUGGAAUGACAAUUGCACAAUGGCGAAACAUGGGUUAUCAUCAUCAGGCUGAACAUGAGGCAUUUGCUCAGCUAUUGCAAGCUCCUCAAGAAGAUUCCCAGAUGAUAGUCCGGGAGCGUUUCCCAGUCCCGAGAUUAGUUGUGUGUGAUCAACAUGGAUCACAGGCAAGGUUUUUAUUGGCAAAGCUGAAUCCAUCAGCGACUUACAACAAUGCAAACGAGAUGUCAGCUGGGUCAGAUGUAAUCUUCACUGACGACGUGAGCCUUCAAGUCUUUUUUGAGCAUCUUCAGAAACUGGCCGUGCAAUCCUGAUGAAUUAGUCACAGUCAGUUCCUGUUUUUCUUUGGUCGCUUAAGUUAUAUUGUCUUCCAUACUAUGUACCCAAUUUAGAGCUCUUUUUUUUUUUUUGUGAGAUCAGCUCGUUUACUAUCCUGUCUCGUUGCCAUCUUGAUCUCACAUAAAAAGACAUCUUGGAACACAAAAGUUAUUUGCAUUGGAUUUGUCUGAAGUAGAAAUAAUGGCUUUUUAUUGUUUUUGGAUUGAAAUCUUGUAUGAACAAUUCUAUUUUCUGCAUUGCAUUUGGUAGUCAUGGGAA